AUGUACAACCUUACUGGUCUUCUGGACACCUUUGGCAUCUAUGAACACUCCCCUCUAACUCACAUUCUAAUCUUUAUUCUUUUCGCGGCCUUUCCCGCUUACUAUUUUCUCUUUGGCACAAAACUCCCAUCCACACCGCAGGAUGACGAAGACGACAUAGUAUCAUCUGGUGGAUUCAUCCCAUUCCUCCGUAAACUUCAUGCCAAACAAGGUGCCAUCGUCUCAACGAAACUUCCCUUCAAAAACACCAUAUCAGUGGUUGAUCCCGCAAUCAUCAAGGCAACUUUGCCAAUUGGGGAUAGGCCCAAAGAUUUGUUUAAGUUUUUAGAACCAUUGAUCGGUGAGGAUAAUUUUCAAAUUUUUGAUACCGAACGAGCGGCGAGUUUUAAGAGAUUGGUGAGCGCUGCCCUUGGACAUGAUGUUUUGACGGCGAAAUAUGAAGAAAUACGAAACAUUGGGGUUGAAUUUAUCAAUCGAUGGGAAAAUAUUGUUAAUUCACAAGACGGCGCAUUAAUUAGAAUGCAAGAACAAUGUUUGGAAUUCUCUCUGAGGAUUACCACCACGACUCUUCUCAGCAACGAUACUCCUCAGGAUAUGGAUUUCAAAGCAUUUCAAAAUGCCUACGAUACUGUAUUGAAUGGAUUGUUUGAUAGGCAAUUUGGAGUUUUGAAUGAAAAGCGCGAAGAAGAGUUCGAAGUUGCCAUCACCUACUUUAACAACACGCUGAAGAAGUUGAUCGACGAACGUAAGAGUGUCGACGUUGAACGAAAAAAUACCGACACCAAAGACAACCAUGUAAAAGAUUUUCUUGACACUUUGGUGAGUGAGAAUAAUCCAGAGACUGGAGUGCCAUACAGUGAUGAAAUGAUUAGGUAUUUUAUGAAUGGGUACCUGACCGCUGGAUAUCAUACCACCGGUGUUGCGAUUCCUUGGACAAUAUUUUCUCUAACUCAAAAUCCCGACGUUCAAAACAAGCUUCAAGAGGAAAUCGAUCAAUGUUUACAGGGUCGUCUCCCUUCCCUCAAAGAUCUGUCCAACAUGGAUUAUUUGACACAAGUGAUAAAAGAAGCUUUGCGAGUUCACCCGCCGGGCUCAUUUUGCGCCCGUUUAAUUAAAUCGCCUGCGAAUAUUCCAACAUCUUUCGACUCCCGUGAGGAACUUCACAUCGCGUCAGACACCACGAUUAUCUAUCCAAUCCCAUUAUACCACGAAAAUCCAAAUUAUUUUGCCAACCCGCUCAACUUUGACCCAUCACGUUUUUCACGAGAAAAUAUCAAGAGCAUCAAAUCAAAUGCUUGGUGUCCAUUCGGAUUUGGCGUGAGGUCUUGUCCGGGUGAGCGAAUGGCAAUGAUAGACAUGAAGAUGAUGGUAUGUAUGAUUAUGCAAAAGUUCCGUGUGGAAUUGGGCAUGAAGGUUGAGGACGUGGUAAAAGAGGAAAAAUUUGUCGUUAUGCCCAAGAAUGAUAUUUUGGUGAAAUUGAUUCCAAGGAAUAUUGAAAGAGAAGGUGAGGACGAAUAUUUUUAUAUCAUGCACCCUCACAAUUGCACUUUGGAAAAUGACUAUUUGAAUUGGUUAGAGAUACUUGAUACAAUUAACUAUGUAAGGUUUUCCCAUAUCAAGUUUUCGUCACACCGUCUACCCACAAAAACCACCAAAGAUUUCGUAGCGAGUAACAUGUUUCUUUCAUUAAGGUUACAGUCACGAAGGUUCAGGUCGCGAUUUACGCCUCGAUGUUAUUCAUCGUUGAACACCACUCCAGAAAUUGAUGAUGAUUGUCUACCAAAGUGCCCUAAAUGGUCGGUUAAUUCUUUGUUGUCACCACCCGACUCAAAAUCAAAUGGAGAAAAUGUUUCCCCAGAGAUCACGGAGGAAAUGUUCAAGAAUUUAUUAAGACUGUCAGGUUUAAGGUUGUCAAACAACACCACAUCCAAUGAUGAACAAGCAAAAUUAAUCAAAGACAUAAAUAUUUUGUGCAAUUUUGUAAGUCAUAUUAAGAAUGUAGAUGUCUCGGGCGUGAAAUCACUAAGGAAUCUUUGGCCCGACAGCGUGGGAAUUGAAUUAAGAGAGGAUGAGAUAGAUGAUGGCGACAAAAAAUUGGAAGGUGAAGGCACCACGCGUUCGGAGGGAAACGGUGGAACACCGCGUGGUGAGAUAGGAAAAGGAAGAGAUUUACUGAGACAUGCUAAAAUUUUGUAUCGAGAUUUUUAUAUUGUAAAUAGUAAGGGUGGUGGAAAUUAG